AUGGAUUGGCGGUGGGUGCGCGAGCCGCAGUGUGCGGCGCGCCUCCACGCCGACCGACCGUCUCACACAGCAGCCAUGCGCGGUGUGCUACUCGCGCUGCUGGGCGCCGUCGCGCUGGGCCUGCCCGCCGCCGCGCGCCGUGUCGACCAGGACUUCGAGUUCGACGACGAUGUGGAGGGAACGGCGCGGCGCCCGCGGCGGUACCUGUAUGACCCGAACAGCCCGCUGUGCCACGCACUGGUGUGCGCGCGCCGCGAGCAGUGCGUGCUGCGCGACGAGCGCACCGCGCUCUGCGCAGACCGCGCGCGCCUCCUGCGCAACGGAGAUGUGGUGGUGAACGCGGACUCCGAAGCGGCCCGCGAGGACGACGUGUUCUAUGAGUCGUCCGCACCCGCAGGCGGCGGCGGCGGCGCGGGCGGCGGCGCCGGCGACCAGCGCUGCGUCGGCUGCGGCUCCGUGCCAAGGGCACAGUUCCUAUGCGGCUCCGACAACCGAACAUACUCAUCCCUCUGCCGCCUCGACUUGCACAACUGCGUGCGCCGGCCCGCGCCGCCCGUGGCGCUCGCAUGCCGCGGGUUCUGCCCCUGCCGCCACCGCGCAAAGGACUCAUCUGAACAUGACGUGAGCUUGCCGUGUUAUGUGUGUCGCUAUACCCAGGAGUGGCCCCGCCGCGGCCGGCGCCGGGGCCGGCGGCCCGCCGCGCGCGACGACGCCCCGCCGGCGCGGCGCCGCGAGCGCCCCGCCCCGCCCGCCGCCGAGGGCUGCGCGCCCGACAAGAUGGCCGACCGGCUGCUCGACUGGUUCUCCGUGCUCAUGGACGAGGCUGGCGAGUCGCCGCCCGACCGACGUGGGUUCCCUCGCGACUGUAAGCCGGAGACGCGCUGGAUGUUCGCGCACCUCGACACCGACGGGGAUGGGAUGUUGUCGUCGACCGAACUGUAUGCGCUUCGGCACGACGCGCGCGAGCGCUGCCUGCGGCCGUUCCUGUCGGGCUGCGGCGCGGGCGCCGGGCUGGUGCCGCGCGCGGGCUGGUGCGGCUGUCUGCGCCGCGCCGCGCGACCCUGUCUCGCUCUGGCUAGAGCACACGCGGCCAGGGCGGCGGGCGGAUACGUGCCCGCAUGCGACGCGGCCGGCUACUACCGACCCAGGCUGGCUGGUGCGGCUGUCUGCGCCGCGCCGCGCGACCCUGUCUCGCUCUGGCUAGAGCACACGCGGCCAGGGCGGCGGGCGGAUACGUGCCCGCAUGCGACGCGGCUGGCUACUACCGACCCAGGCUGGUGCGGCUGUCUGCGCCGCGCCGCGCGACCCUGUCUCGCUCUGGCUAGAGCACACGCGGCCAGGGCGGCGGGCGGAUACGUGCCCGCAUGCGACGCGGCCGGCUACUACCGACCCAGGCAGUGCCACGCCGCGCUGGGCGUGUGCUGGUGCGUGGACGCGCACGGGCAGGAGCUGCCCGGGUCUAGAGGCAAGGGCGCGCCCACGUGUCCUGGCGAAAAGCUGUCAGCGAACGCUAUCAGCUUGAGCAACGAGACGGGCGAAGACGCGCAAGAAGCGCAGGAGCGAGCACGCGACAAGCACGAGCACGCGCACGACGGCGCCGAGCGCGAGCGCGCCGAGCACGAGCGCGCCGAGCACGACGCGCGCGGCGCGCCCGCCGACGACGAGGACGCGCUCGCCGCCGGCAGCGGCGACGCCGAGCUGCGCUUCUGAACACCACGAGCGAGCUGUUGCAUAAACACGACCC